UGGCAAAUAAUUCCAAAUUUUGACAUUUCCUAGCUCAGAUGUGGCUUUUAGGUUAGAUAAGAUAAGUUUAAACUGUAAUUUAUUUUACAGUGUUUACUUGUAAUUACCAAAGUACAAGGGAUAAUACAUUCAGAGGUAUGAAUAACGAUGUCGAGCUGUAUAUUAGACAAAAUAUACCUUGGCAAAAAUUGCCACCCAACAUUAAACAGAGUUUGGGUAAUUCACAGAAGGAGUAUGAAAAACACAUAGUGAAUUUUAGCGUGAAAAACCAAUUGAGAUAUAAAGGAAAUUUAGUUCGGCUGGUGAGGAAGGAUGAACGCCGCUACUACGAGGAGGUGUUGUCGUACUCACGCACGGGACUGUUGCUCUACCCCUAUCACCUGAGUGACAUCAUGGUGGAAGGGCUGCGAGUCACUCCGUUCCAGUACUACACGAGCGUGCUGGAAGCCAUCAUGGACCAGGAACGCAGCUACGACUCGUUACCCAACUUUACUGCGGCUGAUUGUCUCAGACUAUUGGGGAUUGGACGUAACGAAUACAUAGACCUGAUGAAUCAGUGCAGAAGUGGGCGUAAACUGUUCAGGAGAAAGAAUGUGAGAGAUUUGUUGCCUUCAAAACCCGUUGAUGUCAACAUCGAGCCCUGGUGGUUGAUAGCUGCAGGAUGUAUUGUGGAGGAAGAUAUCAAGCUUGUAUCAAACCCGGAGAAAGAGUUGAUUGAUAGAAUAAUAGACCAUGGAAAACAAAGAGCUGGAGAUCUUAACAAAGAGCUAGUUCAUUCUCUAUACAAGAAAGGACUGGUAUACUUAGAAGUGCCUAUAGAAGAUUCCAAUUACAUUGUGGUACCUCCGCUUGAAGGCUUCGUAAUGAACAGAGUCUUGGGAGACUACUUUGAAACUCUUUUGUACAAGAUCUUUGUGUCAAUUGAUGAACACACGAGUGUGGGAGAGCUGGCUAACGUUCUACAAAUAGACUCCCAGCUGGUCAAGAACGCCGUCUCGCUCUACUGUAGACUUGGGUUUGCUCGCAAGAAAAGCACAGACAGUGAGGACUGCCAUCCGUCGUGGAAACCUGCUCGUAACAAGUUGCUAAGUAUGAGUCCUGAAGGAGGCGACCCUUGUCUGUUGGACCUGAGUGAUGCACUUGCUGAGGCAGGAGCUGAGGAGGUCAAGACAGAGACUAUUGUAGAUCUUGAUGACUCUGAUCUCACCUCACCUCGCUCCAAGAGGAUCUGCUUCCUCUUUGACUCCACACUCACCGCCUUCCUCAUGAUGGGCAACCUCUCGCCUGGUCUAAAAAGUCAUGCGGUCACAAUGUUUGAGGUUGGGAAACUAUUGGACGAAUCAAUCGACGGGUUUCUCUGUGAGUUAGAAAAGGUUAGCACAGCGAGGGACGACAGUGAAGGUGAGGCGAGAAGAUACUUUGAGCACGCCCUCAUCCUGCGCUCCACCAUUCUCGCACUGAGGCACAGCACAAGUCUACACGCAGGGCUGGACCUUGUACGCUGCGAGAGCUUGUACCCCCUCGAACCUGAAACUCGCAACAGGCUACUAGCUAAGAACUACUCGCUGCUAGUGUCAAUGGCGCCGCUGAGUAAAGAGAUCCGACCAAUCACAAGCAAGGACCCACCUCACCUCGGCCCUGCGUCACCAGACGUCAACACCAUAUGGUUCAAACUGUUCAUCUACCACAUUACCAAGGACGGCCCUCCCUCCAUUCUGCUCACCAGAGGAACCAGACUGAGAAAGCUGCCCUCUCUACUACGUCGUUGUGAUAAGGUGCUAGUGACCUCAUGGGGUCAUGACCCCGCAGUCAUUCCUCUGGCUAAUCUGCUGUUUGCAUUGAAUGAUGCUCUCACUUACUCUCCCGUCCUGGCUCAGGCUUAUGGUGUGGACAAAGGAGCUGAAACAGUACUUGUACCAUUCCCAUUCAAAAGUAAGGAUGGUGAUAAGGAAAGCAAAGGUGCUGACUGGACGCAACAUGAUGGCAUCACAACUCUGUGUGAAGAGCUGGAUCUGGAGCACACUUGUGGCUACGUGACGAUGGCCAAGCUGCGGCCGACUCCCUCCACCACCUCUCCUCUGCGGCUACAACUCACCCCCACCACUGCUGUCCGGGCGUGGGUUGACAAGUGUCCCGGUGUGUCAGAUGUUCAGUCAAGUAGUAGUCCAGAGAGACCCAAGAACGGGUUCCACAGCAAGGAGUGUGCGGACAUCUUGAAACAAGAGUUGGACAACCUCUCAGAGGGCAAAGUGUCAGCUAGCUCUGUCUCCAGCUCACCCAACAAAGUGGAAGAGCCUGAUCACCGUCAGACUGAUGUCGAUGUAUCAGCUUGGACCAUCCUCGACUGUUGUUUCGGAGUGCCUUUGUUUGAAGCUGAAGUUAACCACAGCAUAUGUGCAACCAUUGUUGAUAAACUGGCUGGUCAGGAAAGCCUGGAUUUGCUCUCCGUUUCAAACGAAAGGUUAAGCACCAGAUUGAAGCAGUUUAUUUCCUACUUCCAUGAUUUAAACAAAACACAGAAUGUCUCUAAUACACAAGAUGAUUUGAUCUGGCCGAAAUCAAACUUGAUCUUCUUCAAGGGCAAACUACGAGAAUGGGAUGGAAAAUAGCAAAGCCCGCUGUGUAAAUACACUCGCACAUGGCUAGCUUAAGCCUAUUAGUAAGGUCUUUAACCUGCUACCCUAAUCAGUUAUUGUGAUAUGAUUAUAAUAAGAUAAUACUGUAGUCAAUUUUGACAUCAAAGGUUUAGUUAGGCUAUACAAUUUUUUGUAAAAUGAUUUACUGUAGAGUAUUUAGUUUUCAAAAAAUGUUGGAUGUGCGAUAUUUGUCAUUUAAUAUAAGUUUGUUGAUUUUGUUUUUAUAGUUUGCAAUAACAGAUAUUGAAAAGUUUAAAUAAUCUUGAACGAGAUGUGCAAACUGUUUAGAUUUUCAUUAUUUUAUAGCUCCAAGCAACAAUUGUUAGUCUCGUGACGAGGCAUUGGUGUAAAAAUGAUUUUCCCCUAGUAUUUAUAUUUUAAGAGUAAUUUUUUAUGAAUGACUUUUCUCAUUUUUUGCUUAUAUGAGUAUUUUUAUAGGUGGUAAAAAUAGAUAUCAAACAUUAAAAUUAGUUCCCUUUAUGUGAUUUUCACCAAAUAUAUAUUUUACAGUUAUAGCUUUAAUGGUCAUUUUAUACAAUCAUGUUCCUAGCUUUAAUCAUAAUGAAAUACAUAGACUAAAGACUACAUACACCAUAAGUGAGUAAACAAUUUGUGCAAUGUUGAAAUUCAAAGAUCGUAAAAUAGUUUGGUACACAUACUUAGAUUGUCACUUUAUAUACAAACCUUGCAAUCACAAUAAUAAAAUUAUUAUUGUGAGUAGUUUAUUUGUCAUGUAGCAUAAUGAUUGAUUACUAUACUCCAAUAAAAAAAAUGUAUGCGGUUUUAGGGGAAUAAAUCUACCCCCUCCACCUUAAAACAAAAGCCCAACAGCUGAGGUUCACCAAAACAUCAAUCAGCUGCAUGAUACAAUAAGCAAAAAAGUGGUGGGGGAACUUCCCCUCAAACUGCUUAACGGACUAAUGGUUUAAAUCUGAAAGAAGAAAAUGUAAUUCAAUUUACCUUUUAAAAAAAGAUACUUCUUCCUUUUAUUAAAUCAGCUGAUUAAAAUAAGCAGCUGUUAUAAAACGUAAUAUUUUUUCUGCUGUUUGAACUGUUUUAAAAUUAUUUCUAAAAUGCUCAAAUUAUUUUCCACUUAAUAUUGUGUACUGCCUUUAUAUUUUUCCUACAGUCACCUAACAAUGUACAUGUUCU